AUGGCCGCCCGGUCGCCGGUGGCCGGCUUCACUCCCGUCGAGGAAGAGCAGAGGACGGAGCGCCUCGGCUACGAGGACUCGAGGAGACGUUAUCCUGAUAGCACGGCCCGUGGCUGGAGACCGCACAACUCUGCCAACUUAUUUCACACCUCGUCGCUGUCGCUUGCCAUGCUGCUCCGGCCAGAUCACGGCCUCCGCGCGCCGCCAGCGCCCGCCCGUGCCUCCGUCUCCGCGGCGGCGAUCCCUGCCGUCUCCCGUCUCCCUCGCGGCGCGCUCCGGCUCCCCCGCGCGGCUUCUCCGCUCAGGGGCAAAACGUCGAGCGCCCUGCGCGCGUCGGCGGGCAUGCCGUCCGUGGCGCACCGGGAGGUGGCGCGGGCCGUGGCGGAGGAGGCGGUGGCGCGGCUGGGCGACCGGCUGCUGCCCUCGGCCGUGCCCGCCGACGUCGCCGAGUUCAGCAACGGCGACGGGACCGCCCUUGGCGCGCCUGACUCCCCGAUCGAUUUCAUGCUGCAGUCGGCGCUUCACUGCAGUCGUCGCGUCUCUUGGAGGAGAUAGUGCAUGGUCAGCUGGCGUCUGUUGUUAAGGGUGUUCUUCAGGUCUGGCUUGAUACUUGCGCCGGUGGCACCUCGGAAAUGGAAGAGGGUGAGAGGGAGAUCAUGGUCAGGAGGGAUCGAACUGUAAGAUCAAAGUCGAACGGAGGGAGUAUGAUUCAGUCAUAUGGUCUGAACUUGAGUGGAAAAGAGAGUAUUCCUUUUUGUAAAAAGGGUGACAGGUGAACAGACUGAUUCUUGUCACCACUGUUUGGUGAAAGUUAUGAGGUUAUUUCUGGUGCUAAUAUUGCUUACUGGGUACAUCAAGGCUCAGAUCAGAGUCAGAGUUUGAAAGGAUGCUGUUGAUUUCCCAUUGAUUCUACUUGUCUCCAUGCAUUUAUUUGCUUGGUAUCUUUAGCUGUAGAGGGAUACUUUCAAUCAUGAGACAUAGUUUCGACUUGCAACCAUCUGAAUAAUCAUAACAUGCUAUUAUUUUAGAGCUACAAGAUGUUACAUAUGCACACCUCAUUAACUAUUGCGUUGAAUCUUAA